AUGGGUGAAAAUAAUUCAGAAGAAGCACUUAAAGAAAAAAUCGUAGAUAUCGCAAAGAAAUAUCCUAAGGGUAUAUCUGACAAGGAAAUAAAAGCUGCGAUGCCAGACCUUUCUACAGCUGAUCUUGUCUCUGCAAUAAACAAGCUGUUGCAGCAAGGAUGUUUGGAUUUGUUUAAUAAAGACGGAUCUUUAAUUUACAAGUUUAAAGCACAGUCAAGCAAACAGGCAGUUAAAGGAGCAGAUAAUGAAGAGAAAGUAGUAUACAAUUUAAUAGAAGAAGCAGGGAACAAAGGCAUAUGGAUAAGAGAUAUUAGAAUUCGAUCUAAUUUGGCCAACACACAGCUUAACAAGGUGUUGAAAAGCUUAGAAAGUAAAAAGCUUAUUAAAGCUGUGAAAUGUGUGAAUGCAUCAAAAAAGAAAGUAUACAUGCUUUAUAAUUUAGAACCAGAUAGAUCUAUAUCUGGAGGAGCAUGGUAUCAAGACCAGGAUUUUGAAUCAGAAUUUGUAGACAUCCUUAACAAACAAUGCCUGAGGUUUCUGCAGCAGAGAGCUGAUAAAAUGAAGAAUAAUCCCAGAGGACCAAUAGUUGGCCGCACACAAUCUUAUGCAACCGCUGUUGAGGUCCAAAAGUAUAUUACUGAUUUAGGCAUAAGUAAUGUGAAACUUGAAGUAGAAGAUGUGAUAACAAUUUUAAAUACAUUAGUUUAUGAUGGCAAAGCUGAAAGCAGUGUAUACCCAGAUGGCAGCAAAGUAUAUCGUGCCAUAGAAUCACUCUUGCCACCCCCUGGCUUAGUACAGGUGCCCUGUGGUAUUUGUCCACUCAUUCACAAGUGUUGUUCCACAGGACUCAUUACUCCACAAACAUGUGUUUAUAUGAAUGAAUGGUUGGAAAUAUAA